CCUUCAAGAAAGUAAGACAAUUUAUUUUGUUAUACUAAAACCAUACAAAGUGCUAAUAAAACUCUUUAGAUAUGGAUAUUCACAGAAAAAUAAAAAAAUUAAGAUUGAAUGGCAUCAAACACGAGUAUAGCGACUAUGCAUUUGGUAAUUGUGAACUUGAUGAGGAGAAAUUUGUAUCAGUUGAUAUCCACACUAAUAAUAUUUCUGAUUAUAAGCCUAAAAAUCUGGACAAAAAAUUUGUUUUGAGUACUUCCGGGAUCUUAGACGAUCUUAAAUGUACAAAUUUAUCUAAUAGUGCUAAAAAUGAAACUUCAAUUGAGUUUAGUUCUGGCGAUCAGCCUGGUAAAAUAGACAAAGUUAAUAAUUGGGUUAAAUCUGCAGUCGAGUUACAUUCAUCCUAUGUUUUAAAAACUCCAGCAAUGUCAUUAGAUGGUGGUGAUCAUUUAGAUAUAAUCACAGAGAAUACCAUUGAAGAAUUUACUUGUCCAGAAAUUGGUCAACUUAUUAAAAAGUAUGAUAACUUUUUCUACGUUAAAAAUCAAAAUUCAUCAACCAAAUACGUACACAACAAUACUGUAUGGAAAAAGACAUUGGGUUGUGGUGAUCAUUGUGAUAAAAAGAUGACACUUUUAAAUGUGAACCGUAAUCAAAAGGUCGACUUCCAGCCCGUUAUUAACGGAAGUCAAAUAAGUAAAAAACCUAAUACAUUUUUGGAAACCGAACAUAGAAAUUCAGAUGAUAAGAUUGAUUUGGAAAACACUAGAUCAAGCCCUUACAAAAUAUACAGUACAUUUCCUUUUAGGGAUAUGUCAAAUGCUGUGUUCAAAAGAACACCAUCGUCAAGACUUAGAAAACUGAUUGAAAAGUUUGAUAACUUUUUCUGCGUUAAAAAUCAAAAUUCGUUAACCAAUGAAGUACCUAACAAUACUGUAUGGAAAAAGACAUUGGGUUGUGGUGAUUGUAUUUAGAAUACACUGAUUUGGUUUUUAAUGCGUUUGAAGAGACACAACUUAAACAAAAACGUCACUGGACUGAUGCACAUCAUAUCGCAAAUCAAAAUAUUUAAUGAAUUGUUUACACGUUUUUUUUGUAUAUAUUAUUAUCUUAUUUGUUUAUUCAACUAUUUAAUCCUUUUGAAAUUUCUUGUUUUUGAAUUUUUAUU